AUGCAGGGUGUUGUAACAGCGUACGAGUUCAGUUCACCUAGCGAAUACGCUGCGAAUUGGGCGCUUAGCUGUAGAGUGUGGCAUCAGGAACAGGAGCUGCGCAGCUCAAGGCUCACCUUUAUCCAUGGCUUCAAAUACAUUGAGUCUGGACUUUCCAUUCAGACCGGACCGCGAAAUACUCGCAAAAUCACAGUGAGCACAUGUCAACCCGAUUCCGGACACGAAAACACCAAUAUGAAACGCUACUCCAAGAAGAUUUUGCGGAAAUUUAAGGGUAGAGAAGAUGAUAAAACAUUAUCCGCGGUCUCUUCCGUGGCCCUCAAUGACUCUCGUGGCGCUCAAAAUUCUGGAGAAUCCUUAGCCACAACGCAGCAAAUAGUGGAUGCGAGAAAAACCGACUUGUGGCAGAUCGCUUACGAGGACCUAAGUCCAGCCGACAAAGGGGUGCUUGCAGACACUCAGCAAGCUGGACGACCGUCUCUUCACCGUAGCAAGACUUUGGAGGUAGUAGACGACGUUAUCGAGGCGACGAAGAAGCAGUAUGAAGAGUAUCAGAAGGGGGGCUUGAAGAUCAGGAAGGGAGCAGAUAAAGACGCCAUCAACGUUCGUGAUAUUGCACACAAAAUCCUGAACGCUACACUAUCGUUCAGAGGAAUCGCAAAUGUGCUCGUGGGUGGCGAUCAGACUGGCACUGCAUCCAUUGCUUGGGGAAUUGUGUUGCUCGGAUUGACCGAGCACUACCACGAUAGCCGAUAUGAAACGCAGGACAAGGUUGAAGUUGCCAUUGUCCAAGUCUACAAAGGUAUCCUAAGCUAUACAGCGCAAGUAUACAGGAUGCAACGAGCCAAUGUGGGGGAGAGGUUAUUGGAGAGUCUUUUGCCAGUGACAAACCACCCACUCAAAGAAAUUGAAGCAGCAAUAAGAGGCGACGAGGCAAGGCUGCGCCAAUGGGUCAGGCACGAUGAGCAUUUGCAGAGUCGAGCAAAGGCCGAAGAACUGCUUGGCCGGAUAGACGAGUUCAUCGUACUGCUGAAGAACCUGCACCGGAAAUUCGAUCUCUAUAAUCUCCCGGAUGCCGAAGGAGCUUCAUUUGAUUCAUAUCAAAACCAACACGAGGAGGCAUGUCUUCCUGGCACAAGGGAGGAACUCCUUCAACAAGUCAGUGAGUGGGGGAGUUGCUCAGAUGGCCCUUGCAUCUUCUGGUUAAAUGGAAUGGCAGGGACUGGAAAGUCAACAAUCUCACGUUCAUUGGCCCAACGUUUCCGGAACAAGGGGCAGCUUGGAGCGACAUACUUCUUCAAAAGGGGUGAGGGUGACCGCGGGCAUGCGAAGAGAUUUGUUUCCACAAUUACGAGACAACUGAUUGCCGCGAUCCCCGAUCUCGCAGUUGGCGUCUCAAAGGCUAUCGAGGAAGAUCCAGACAUAUCAAGGCGGGGUUUCAGAAUUCAGUUUGAAAAGCUUCUUCUCGAGCCCUUGGGUGAACUGGAGGACAGUCAAAAGCCGAGGAGAUUCGUGAUUGUGGUCGAUGCACUGGAUGAAUGCGAAGAAGAGCAGGACAUAAGCCUUCUCCUGCAGCUAUUUCCUCGUAUCCAGGAGUCGAAGUCUGUUCAAUUGCGGGCUUUCAUAACCAGCCGCCCGGAAUUACCAGUACAGCUCGGCUUUCAGGAGGACACAGUCAAAGACAGCCACCGGGAUCUAGUUCUUCAUAAGGUCCCCAAGCAAGUGGUUGAGAAUGACAUAUCCCUCUUUUUGAGACACAAGCUGAGCGUGAUUCGGAAAUCCCGGUCACUGCCACCGGAUUGGCCUGGGGACGGUGACUUCCGAGCAUUGGUCGAGAUGUCAGUCCCAUUGUUCAUCUUCGCAGCCACCGUGUGCCGUGUAUUUCAAGACCAUGACUUGGACCCUGUACAGAGCCUAUCUGAGAUCCUGGAAUUCCAAAAUGAAGAGUCUAAGCUGGAUGGAACGUAUCUCCCGGUACUACAGAGGCUCCAGACCCACAGUGGAAAGCGAAAACAGAUGAUCGUGGAAGAAUUUCGUGAAGUGGUGGGCACAGUUGUCAUACUCGAGUCCCCUCUCUCGGUCACUUCGCUUUCAGAAAUCCUCGGUAUUCCAAAGAGAGUGAUCAACAUUCGCUUAAGUCGGCUUCAUGCGGUGCUGAAUAUUCCGGAUGACGAUGCUAUGCCAGUGGGCCUAUUCCACCUAUCAUUCCGAGACUUCCUCCUUGAUCCGGAGACUCCUGAAAAAACUGAUUUCUGGAUCAACGGGGCCCAGACGCAUCAACGGCUAGCUAUGAAGUGCCUUCAUGUUAUGCAGCGAAAGCUGAAGAAAAACAUAUGCAAUUUGCCAUGCGAAGGAUUUGAGCGAUGUGAUAUCAACACUCAAUCGAUUGGCCAGCCUGUCAGCCAUUAUAUUCCACCAGAGUUAGAGUAUGCCUGCCGAUACUGGACACUGCAUCUAGCAAACUGUGAAAGCCCAGAGACUGUCCUACAGAAUAUUCACGCGUUUCUCCUAGAGCAUUUUCUUCAUUGGGCAGAAGUAAUGUGUGUUCUAGGCUAUGCAUCUGAGAUUGUGGGAGAUAUACAGAUGUUGCGGUCACUAAUCAAGGAUCAGGAAGACUCUGCGAUAUCCAGGUUUCUGUACGAUGCCUUACGAUUCAUCUUGAAGUGUCGACGCAUAGCUGAUAUAGCGCCACUUCAGCUAUAUUGUUCAGGGUUGAUAUUCGCGCCAUCACAUUCAAUUAUCAGACGAACGUUCGAAAUGCCUGAAUGGAUAAGCAGGUUGCCAGAGGUGGAGGAAUCGUGGAGCGCUGAGCUGGAAAGCAUUGAGGGCCAUAAAGAUAUUGCUGUUCGGGCAGUUGCCUUUUCCCCAGAUGGGCGAUGGCUGGCAUCUGGCUCCCAGGAUAGAACUGUUAAGAUAUGGGAUGCGGUCACCAGUACUUUGCAGCAGACUCUCAAGGGCCACACAGACAGCGUUAUAUCUAUAUCCAUCUCUCCAGACGGGCGACGACUGGCAUCUGCGUCCAUGGACCGCACUGUAAAGGUUUGGGACCUGAUGACGAGCACACAUCAGACUUUGAAUGGUCAUGAAAGCUACAUCUACGGGGUAGCUUUCUCACCGGAUGGGCGAUUGUUGGCAUCAGGCUCCUACGAUAAGACUGCCAGAAUCUGGGAUUUAACUACCGGUACUCAUCAAACUUUGAUGGGCCAUGAUGACUAUGUCUACUCAGUAUCUUUUUCGGCUGAUGGACGUCGUCUGGCAUCCGGUGCCAAAGACAAGACGGUUAAAAUAUGGGAUGUAGCGACUGGAGCGCUACAGGAUACAAUCCAAACCGAUUUGCAUAUAGAAUCGGCUGUCUUACUACCAGAUGGACGACUGGCAGUUGGGGAUAGGCUGAUCAAGAUUUGGGACCUAGCAACCGGCACCAUGCAGCAGACACUCGGAACCAAAAACUUCUCCGCUCCAAAAGUGGCAUCUUCGCAAGAUGGACGAUUACUGGCGUGUACUAGUGGAAGUAAUAUCAUUGUUUGGAACAUGUCCACCCAAACUCUGCACCAGAUCUGUGAGGGCCAUCGCAAUCAAGUUUGGGCUGUGGCUAUCUCACCCGAUGGGCGACGUUUAGCCUCAGGAAGCCAGGAUGCGACCAUAAAAAUCUGGGACCUAGACGCCCCGUUUUAUGAACCACCGUUUCGUGAACGGGAGCGUACGGCUGAAAGCCAUGGCCUGAUAACUUCUAUGGUAUUCUCGCCAGAUGGAAAAUGGCUGGUAUCUGGCGGGGGUGACGACACCGAAUCAGUCAAGAUCUGGGAUUUGGAGACCAAGUUAUGGGGAUCGGCAAACGAUGCGCUGCACCAGACGCUGAAGGGCCACCGACAUUUCAUCCAUUGGCUAUCUUUCUCGCCGGAUAUGCGACAGUUGGCUUCUUCCUCUGCCGAUCGCACCAUCAAGAUUUGGGAUACGGCCACAGGGUCUUUGCAGCAUACCCUGGAGGGACAUGAAUGGGGAGUUAACAUCGCUGUAUUCUCACCAGAUGGUCGACGGCUGGCAUCUGGUGCUGACGAUAAAACCUUUAGGCUGUGGGACCCGGCAACAGGGACCUUACAGCAUAUACUCAAGCACCCUACGUGGCUUUGUAGGUCGGUGGCUUUUUCUGCAGACGGGCGCUGGCUAGCCACUGGCUUGGACCGCAUAAUCAGGAUUUGGGACCCUGAUACUGGCACCUUGCAACAUACUAUCGACACGCAAAAACACAUCCACAACCUUGCAUUCUCUAGCGAUGGAAAUUCUAUAGAGACUAACCACGGGGUGUACGAUCUACCACCUUUGUUCCACAGUGCUCCUCUCGAUCCCGCCCCCGAAUUAGAUUUGCGCGUGGAAAAUCGCGAAUGGGUGACUCUACAUGGCAAGAGAAUACUUUGGCUACCCACUGACUAUCGUGUAAGGCGCAUGAUUAUAAGAGAUGGAGUACUUGCUAUAGGACAUGGGAUGAUGGGUGCGAAGCGAAGAUCCAUCACCCUCUUUAAAUUCCGUCAGUGA